UGGAUAGCCAAUCUUUGGGCUGACUUGGUUGACAUUGGUAUAUAGUCUAUGUUAUACUGUUAAAUAACAAGCCUUCUAUUAUCUAUAUUCUAGUUAAUACGUGUGCUUGGGAGUCCUUGCAAUUUGAAUAAACCAAGAUCUUACCAUGACUGCAAUUUUAGAGAGACGCGAAAGUACAAGCCUGUGGGGUCGCUUCUGCAACUGGAUAACUAGCACUGAAAAUCGUCUUUACAUCGGAUGGUUCGGUGUUUUGAUGAUCCCUACCUUAUUGACCGCAACUUCUGUAUUUAUUAUCGCCUUCAUCGCUGCCCCUCCAGUAGAUAUUGAUGGUAUUCGCGAGCCUGUUUCUGGUUCUUUACUUUAUGGAAACAAUAUUAUCUCUGGUGCUAUUAUUCCUACUUCUGCGGCGAUCGGAUUGCACUUUUACCCAAUUUGGGAAGCUGCAUCUGUUGAUGAGUGGUUAUACAAUGGUGGUCCUUAUGAGCUAAUUGUUCUACACUUCUUACUUGGUGUAGCUUGUUAUAUGGGUCGUGAGUGGGAACUUAGUUUCCGUCUGGGUAUGCGUCCUUGGAUUGCUGUUGCAUAUUCAGCUCCUGUUGCAGCUGCUACUGCUGUUUUCUUGAUUUACCCUAUUGGUCAAGGAAGCUUUUCUGAUGGUAUGCCUUUAGGAAUCUCUGGUACUUUCAACUUUAUGAUUGUAUUCCAGGCAGAGCACAACAUCCUUAUGCAUCCAUUCCACAUGUUAGGUGUAGCUGGUGUA